AUGCUCAACGUGGAUAGUAUGUCCACGAUUGCUUUGAUCAAGAAUCCCGUCUUUCACGACCGGAGCAAGCACAUCGACACUCGAUUUUACUUCAUCCGGGAGUGCGUUGAUAGAGGGAAAAUCAUCCUCGGGUACACUCGUACAGAGGAUCAGCUCGCGGACAUUCUCACGAAGCCGCUUGGCAGUGUCAAGUUCAUGGAGCAGUGCGCGAAGAUCGGCGUUGAGAUUCCUGGUGAACUAGGCACAGGUGAUCGGCAAGCGAUCCUGACACGGAGGAGGGGCUGCAAGGCGGCGGGGAGGUGGAAGGCAACCGCCAGCGGCAAGAAGCUGCUGCGGCUGCGGCUGCGGCUGAUGCGGCUGGUGUUCCUGGUUCCCGCGCGGCGGGUGGUCGCGCUGUUCGCUGAGCUGGUGCGGCGGCUGUCGAUGGCGGCGAGCGCGGUGGACGCGGCGGCCGACUGCCCCGCCAUCGUGCUCUCCUCGCAGUGGGGGCUCCCCGUGCUGUACCACUCCGCGAGCACCGGCUGGAACGCCAGGCUGCGGGCUUUCUACCUCGAGAGGAGCCUCUCCGCCGGUGGCUCCGGCACCGGCUCCCCGUGCUGA